UGGCAGCACGCGCGCGAGUCUGGCUGGAUCAGCAGGGAAAGAAGCAAGAAAAAACAUCUGGACCGAAGGGGAAAAUGUCGAUCCGCGUAGAGCAUGCUGGGCCGCUCCUCCGGCUGCUGCAGCGUACUUAGUGAAGGAGAAGCAACUGGGUCAGUCGGAACUCCUCCGCUGGGAUUUUUAUUUUUAUUUAUUUAUUCUAUUUUUAGGGGUGGAGGAGGUCUGCUCUAACUGUCUCAAGCUUCCAGCAUGGAUCAGUCGGUCGCAAUCCAAGAAACUUUGGAGAGGGAAGAAAACUGCGUGGUAGCUGUUCAGUGUGACGUCUUCUUUGACGAUAUCCCGGAGAGCCGGCUGCUGGGAUUGGUGGAAUCUGGAAAGGAACAUGCAAUCUUCAUUUAUGCCCACCGACGAAUGGCUAUCACAGCUGAUGACGUAUCACUUCAGGAGAUUAUACCCAUCUCUCUUGAUUUUGCUGUUGUUGAAGUUUCCUCACCAGAGCAGCUUGUCGUUGUGGGUGCAGACACCAGAGUGAGAAUAAGCUACAAGGACGAAGAGUUAGAGCUCAAACUUCCUUUUGGGUCUCACUCGCGCCUUUUUCUUGGUGAAGUCAACAAAGCGUGGAGUGAUGUUUGCAGGUUUCCCACACAGGUACCUAGAUUUGUGUGGAUCAACAAGUACAAGAAAUCCACCACAAGCCAAAAAGCUGUAAAACAAGCCAUUGCGCCCCUGGGCAAACCUAAUAAAAACAACCAGCACCAGAAAAUAGAGAAAUCUCUAGAAAAGGCAAAAGGUUCUAGCAGUGCUGCACAGAAGUCUAAAGUGUAUUCCAAUCCAGAGAGUCAGAGCAUCUACAGUCGAGAGGAGCGGGAUGAUCUGGUGCGCGCCUCCAGUCACACCACAUCCAACAAAGCCCAGAUUCUGACCAUGCCUCAGUUUGGCCUUCGAGACAACCUGAUCAGAUGUGAGCUUCUGAAAAACGAGGACCUUUACACGUAUCUGGAGGAUUUCAGCUUUUUUCUUGGUACGUACAACGUGAACGGACAGCCACCAAAGGAAAGCCUCCGUCCUUGGCUGAGCUGCAACCCUAGCCCUCCUGACAUAUACUGCGUAGGUUUUCAGGAACUCGACCUCAGCAAAGAGGCGUUUUUCUUCAGCGACACGCCCAAAGAGCCCGAGUGGACGAAGGCCGUGUCUGACGCUUUGCACGAAGGAGCCAAAUAUGCCUUAGUGAAGCUGGUGCGUCUGGUCGGCAUCAUGCUGAUCUUCUAUGUGAAGGAGGAGCAUGCCGAGUACAUCUCUGAUCUGGAGGCUGAGACUGUGGGCACGGGCAUCAUGGGAAGGAUGGGAAACAAGGGUGCUGUUGCGAUCCGUUUUCGCUUCCACAACUCCACCAUCUGUGUGGUCAACUCCCACCUUGCCGCCCACGUCGAAGAAUACGAGAGACGCAAUCAGGACUACAAGGAUAUUUGCAGCCGUCUGUUGUUUCGGCCAUACGACCUUACCCAGCCACCACUCACUAUCAUGAAGCACAAUGUGGUUUUAUGGAUCGGGGACCUGAACUACAGAAUUAGUGACCUUGAGGUGGACAGCGUGAAAGAGCUGAUCAUCAAAAAGGAUUUUAAGACGUUGCACAAAAAUGAUCAGCUCAAGAGACAGAUCGAUGAAGAGGCUGUGUUCAACGGCUUUGAGGAAGGAGCGAUUGAUUUUCAGCCCACCUACAAAUACGACACCAACUCUGACGACUGGGACACGAGUGAAAAAUGUCGCAUCCCUGCGUGGUGCGACCGCAUCCUGUGGAAAGGGAAGAACAUAAAGCAGCGACAUUACCGGAGUCACAUGGAUCUGAGGACCAGUGACCACAAACCUGUCAGCUCUUUGCUCGUCAUUGGGAUCAAGAGGAUAAACAAUGUAACCUAUAAGAAGACCUUUGAAGAGAUUGUUCGGAAUAUAGACAAAAUGGAAAAUGAGUGUAUUCCAUCUGUAACCUUAUCAAAGCGAGAGUUCCAUUUCAAGGACGUGAAGUUCAUGGAACACCAGGCAGAGACGUUAAAGCUGUUUAACGAUGGGCAGGUCCCGUGUCAAUUCGAGUUUAUCCGGAAGCCAAAUGAGGCCACGUACUCCAAACCUUGGCUCACAGCCAACCCCCCCAAAGGCUUCAUCGCUCAGCGUGGUUCUGCCGACAUUGAUCUGGAGGUUUUUGUAAACCGCACAACAGCACCAGAUCUCAACUGUGGCAAGCAAGUGAUUGAAGACAUCCUGGUGCUCCAUCUAGAGCGGGGCAAAGACUAUUUCAUCUCCGUAACUGGGAACUAUCUGCCAAGCUGUUACGGUUCCUCUAUUUAUUCUUUGUGUCACAUGAGGGAACCCAUUCGAGACAUGCCACAAGAAACUCUACUUCAGCUUGCUGAGAAGUCUGCAGCUGACUUUGCAGAAUCUACUGAAAAGCCUCUUGACAUUCCUAAAGAACUUUGGAUGAUGGUGGAUCAUUUGUUUCGCAAUGCAGUCAAACAAGAAGACUUAUUUCAACAGCCAGGUCUUCGAAGUGAAUUUGCUGAAAUAAGGAAUUGUCUUGAUUCAGGGAUGCCAGAUUCCCUCCCGGGCAGUAACCACUCAGUAGCAGAAGCCUUGCUGCUCUUCCUCGACGCCCUCCCCGAGCCCGUGGUUCCAUUCUCCAUUUACCCGCAGUGCCUCGAAUGCUGCUCCAACCCCAGCCAGUGUGAGAAAAUUAUUUCCAUGCUACCUCAGUGCCAUAAAAACGUGUUCAACUAUUUAGCUGCCUUUCUUCGUGAAUUGUUGAAGAAUUCAGCUAGCAAUCGAUUAGAUGUCAGCAUUCUGGCCACCAUUUUUGCCUCCUUGAUUCUGAGGUCACCUUCGAAACAGGAUCUUGCAGAAAAGAGGAAGACUCAAGAGUUCUUUCAGCAUUUCCUGAACCACGGCUCUUCGUAGAUGGAGUAAUGAAGACGAACACUAAAAUCCACAAAGCCCAGUAUUUGACGAGAACUGUAACCAUGUAAUUGUGUAAUGUCUUAAUUGUGAGAUAAUUUGAUAUUAGUUCACAAACAUUUUUAUUUACUUGAUCAUGCACAGAGUGUUGUAUGUUAUUGAGCACAUGUAGAAGCUGAACAUUUAAAUGUUUGUGAAUUUUAUUUAAAGAAUAAAUUCUAUUAGAAUGUUUUUAUAGAAAAUCUGUCAGAAAAAGAUUUGUCAAUAUUUUUUUUAUAAAUUUACUCAUAUUAAACGUUUAAACCCC